AUGGGAGACUGGCACCUGCUGGGGAGGCUGUUGGAGAGCGCCCAGGAGCACUCCACCGUGGUGGGCAAAGUCUGGCUCACGGUGCUCUUCAUCUUCCGCAUCCUCGUCCUGGGGGCUGCAGCGGAGAACGUCUGGGGCGACGAGCAGUCCAACUUCUCCUGCGACACGAAGCAGCCCGGCUGCCAGAGCGUCUGCUACGACCACACCUUCCCCAUCUCCCACAUCCGCUUCUGGGUGCUGCAGAUCAUCUUCGUCUCCACCCCCAGCCUCAUCUACCUGGGUCACAUCCUGCACCUGGUGCGCCGGGAAGAGAAAGAGCGGGGGCCCGUGGGGGAGGCCGCCGGCAGCCCUGCCGCUCUGCCCGGGACCGCCUCCACCUCCGCCUCCAUGCGGGAUGCCUGCGGCCGGAUCCGCCUGCGAGGGGCCAUCCUGCGGACGUACAUUUGCAACGUCGUCUUCAAGGCCCUCUUUGAGGUGGGCUUCAUCCUGGGCCAGUAUGUCCUGUACGGCUUUGAGCUGAAGCCUCUCUACACCUGCAGCCGCUGGCCCUGCCCCAACACCGUCAACUGCUACAUCUCCCGGCCCACCGAGAAAACCAUCUUCAUCCUCUUCAUGCUGGCCGUGGCCUGCCUCUCCUUCCUGCUCAACGUGGUGGAGAUGUACCACGUGGCCACCACCAAGUGCAGGCAGGGGCAGGGGCCCAAGCCCAGUUCAGAGGCCAAGACUCCUGGCCAUCCCGUGCCCCACUGCCCUGAUGUUACACCCCCUAACAGCCUCUCUCUGCAGGAGGGCGAGAAAGUCAGUCCCGGGACAGAGGUGGCAAACCAAAGCCCCACUUGGUCUGGAAGCCAGAAGCGAGGCAGCAGGUCCAGCAAAGGCAGCAGUAAAUGGAGACCCAGCGACCUGGCUGUUUAG